AGAAGUGACCCCCACACACACACCCUGGAGGGACCCGCCUCUACGUCAUGGAGUCCCGCGCCCGAGGCGGGAGGGGCUCUUCUGGCGUCAUCAGCGCGCGCCAAAACCGGAAGUGACGACACUCCGGGCGCAAGCCGGGAACUGUUUCUCCUCACGAUUCGGGAUCGGCGGCCGAGCAGCGCGAUUUGACUCCAAUGGGUGAUGAAAAGGACUCUUGGAAAGUGAAGACCCUAGAUGAGAUCCUCCAGGAGAAGAAGCGGAGGAAGGAGCAGGAGGAGAAAGCCGAGAUCAAACGCUUGAAAAACUCUGAUGACCGGGAUUCUAAGCGGGAUUCCCUUGAAGAGGGGGAGCUGAGAGACCACCGCAUGGAGAUCACAAUAAGGAACUCGCCGUACAGGAGAGAGGACUCCAUGGAAGACAGAGGAGAAGAAGACGAUUCCUUGGCCAUCAAACCCCCCCAGCAGAUGUCUCGGAAAGAAAAGGCUCAUCACAGGAAAGACGAGAAGAGAAAAGAGAAACGCAGGCAUCGCAGCCACUCAGCCGAAGGGGGGAAGCACGCCAGGGUGAAGGAGAAGGAGCGAGAGCACGAGCGCAGGAAGCGGCAUCGGGAGGAGCAGGACAAAGCUCGCCGCGAGUGGGAGCGGCAGAAGAGGCGGGAGAUGGCGAGAGAGCAUUCCAGGAGGGAGAGGGAUCGCCUUGAGCAGCUGGAAAGGAAGCGGGAGAGAGAGCGCAAGCUGCGGGAGCAGCAGAAGGAGCAGCGAGAGCAGAAGGAGCGGGAGCGGCGGGCGGGCGAGCGGCGCAAGGAGCGGGAGGCCCGCAGGGAAGUGUCUGCACACCACCGCACCAUGCGCGAGGACUACAGCGACAGGGGCAAGGCCAGCCACUGGAGCCGCAGUCCACCGCGGCCACCACGGGAACGCGUGGAGCUGGGAGACGGCCGGAAGCCAGUGAAAGAAGAAAAGGUGGAAGAGAGAGACCUGCUGUCCGACCUGCAGGACGUGAGUGACAGCGAGAGGAAGACCAGCUCGGCCGAGUCCUCGUCAGCAGAGUCAGGGUCAGGCUCCGAGGAGGAAGAGGAGGAGGAGGAGGAGGAAGAGGAGGAGGAAGGGAGCACCAGUGAGGAGUCGGAGGAGGAGGAGGAGGAAGAGGAGGAGGAGGAGGAGGAGGAGGACACGGGGAGCAACUCCGAGGAGGCGUCAGAGCAGUCUGCUGAAGAAGUGAGUGACGACGAAAUGAGUGAUGACGACGAGCGAGAGAACGAGAGCCGCAUCUUGGUUGUUCCAGAGUCACGAUUUGACCGAGAUUCGGGGGAAAGUGAAGAAGGGGAGGACGAGGCAGGCGAGGGGACCCCGCGGAGCAGCGCCCUGACUGAAGGAGACUGUGUGCCCGACUCCCCAGCCCUGUCGCCGCUGGAGCUCAAGCAGGAGCUGCCCAAGUACCUGCCCGCCCUGCAGGGCUGCCGGAGCGUGGAGGAGUUCCAAUGCCUGAACAGGAUCGAGGAGGGCACCUACGGUGUGGUGUACAGAGCCAAGGACAAGAAAACAGAUGAGAUUGUGGCUCUGAAGCGGCUGAAGAUGGAGAAGGAGAAGGAGGGCUUCCCGAUCACGUCGCUGAGGGAGAUCAACACCAUCCUCAAGGCCCAGCACCCCAACAUCGUCACCGUCAGGGAGAUCGUCGUGGGCAGCAACAUGGACAAGAUCUACAUCGUGAUGAACUACGUGGAGCACGACCUCAAGAGCCUCAUGGAGACCAUGAAGCAGCCCUUCCUGCCAGGGGAGGUGAAGACCCUGAUGAUCCAGCUGCUGCGUGGAGUGAGGCACCUGCACGACAACUGGAUCCUGCACCGGGACCUCAAGACGUCCAACCUGCUGCUCAGCCACGCGGGCAUCCUCAAGGUGGGGGACUUCGGGCUGGCCCGGGAGUACGGGUCUCCACUAAAGGCCUACACCCCAGUGGUGGUGACGCUGUGGUACCGCGCCCCAGAGCUGCUGCUGGGAGCCAAGGAGUACUCCACGGCCGUAGACAUGUGGUCAGUGGGCUGCAUCUUUGGGGAGCUCCUGACCCAGAAACCUCUGUUCCCUGGGAAGUCAGAGAUCGAUCAGAUCAACAAGGUGUUCAAGGACCUGGGGACCCCGAGUGAGAAGAUUUGGCCUGGCUACAGCGAGCUGCCGGCGGUGAAGAAGAUGACCUUCAGCGAGUACCCCUACAACAACCUGCGCAAGCGCUUCGGGGCCCUGCUCUCGGACCAGGGCUUCGACCUCAUGAACAAGUUCCUGACCUACUUCCCCGGGCGGAGGAUCAACGCCGAGGACGGGCUGAAGCACGAGUACUUCCGCGAGACACCCCUGCCCAUCGACCCGUCCAUGUUCCCCACGUGGCCGGCCAAGAGCGAGCAGCAGAGGGUGAAGCGGGGCACCAGCCCACGGCCCCCUGAGGGCGGCCUGGGCUACAGCCAGCUGGGUGAUGACGACCUGAAGGAGACCGGCUUCCACCUCACCACCACCAACCAGGGCGCCUCGGCCGCGGGCCCCGGCUUCAGCCUCAAGUUCUGAAGCUCGCACAGGCCCGGCGCGACCCGGCCCCGGCACCUGGGCCAGCUCCGAACUCCUUGCCCACUCAAUUUUCCACAACCUCUUUUUAUAUUUUGGUUUGUAAAUUUGUAGAAUUAAAUACCGUUCCCUUGUGCAGGGAAAGGUGGUUUUCA